AUGCUGCUGCUCGUGGUGACCGUAUCCGUUGUCAAUGUGCUUUUUGGUGUAGGAACUGUUUGCAUGCCCCUAUCAGACAACGGGCCCCACAUCGCCCACGGCUGGGCCCAGGUGGUCCGGCUUAGGCACUUGUAUGCCACCAGGCCGGGAAUGCACCUGCUGAUCAGUGAGGAUGGACAGAUCCACGGUUCUGCGGUCCAGACUCUGCACAGCCUAAUGGAAAUUCGUCCAGUGGGUCCGGGUCGUGUUGUCAUCAGAGCGGUCGCAACCGCACGGUUCCUGUGCAUAGAAAACGACGGCACACUGUACUCAUCGCACACCUACAGCAGAGAGGACUGCACCUUCAGAGAGCAGAUCUUGCCAGAUGGGUACAACAUAUACAUCUCUGACAGACAUGGAGUCCUGCUCAGUCUGGGAAACCACCGGCAAAGACUGCAGGGCUUAGAUCGAGGGGUCCCAGCCCUGGCCCAGUUCCUCCCCAGGAUCAGCACUCUGAGUCAAAUCCCCUCCCCUGGGUCCAACAUCCAUGACCACAUUAAAGCAGCAAAAACAGAAGAGCCUGUGGACACAAUAGAUGCAUUUGGAAAGUUCUCACAGAUCAUUAGCAGUCCCAGCUUCCAUAAGAGAUGAGACAGCAGCUCCAAGACACCUGUCAAAGGAUGUGUCACGGGGUGUCUGUGCACUCUUCCCUGAAUCUUGUAAACCCAGGGACUGACUGCAAUUCCUGCAGACCUACACCAAGGAAGGUUUUGCUGCCAGCAUCGUCAAGUCCAAAAGACUACAAGUGACCCUAAAGACUAC